AUGAAGUCGUCCUCAGUCUCCGCCACUUCGGUGCUGGCCCUGGCGUUGGUGACAGCAUCCACAACACUACCCCUCGUCUCGUCCGCCUCGAUACCUGUCGACUACUCGCUCUUCAAGCGAUCCGUCACCACAGAUGCAUCGCAACUAGCCGGCGCCAUCUACGACUACAUCAUUGUCGGCGGUGGUCUCGCUGGUCUUGUGGUGGCCAACCGCCUCUCCGCCAACCCCAACAUCUCGGUCGCCGUCAUCGAAGCAGGCGCCUCUGGCUACGCAGACAACAACAAGUUUGUCGUACCCGCAGCGAAUCUCUACGACUCGUCCGUCGGGACCCAGUACGACUGGCAAUGGACAACCACGCCUCAAGCGGGUCUAUCGGGUCGAUCUGCCCCUUGGCCGCGCGGCAAAGUGCUAGGGGGCUCUUCGGCCAUUAACGGCCUCUACUACGUACGACACUCUGACAUCGAACAGAACGCCUGGGCGGACCUCAUCAACGACCAACAAGACUGGACGUGGGAUCGCAUGCUCGAUGCCAUGAAGAAGAGCGAGACGUAUACCCCGCCCAAUCAGGCGACCACCUCGCGUGUCUCUGUUCCCUUCGACACUUCCUCGCACGGAACCGAUGGUCCUGUGCACGUCAGCUAUCCGCAAUCCACCUAUCCUCAGGUCGGCGCGUUCCUCAACUCGUCCAGUAAUGUGGGCAUUCCACUCUCGCAGAAUCCUGAUGCGGGGCAGAGCUGGGGCGCCUUCCUGGCUACGUCGAACAUCAACCCGACCAACUCGACACGCAGCUUCUCCCGCACCGCCUACCUCGACCCGGUCACCUUCAGGAGCAACCUCGACGUCCUCACUGGUCACCUUGUGACCCGCAUCACGUUCAACUCGACCACCGAUGCCUCGGGCGCCGUUGCCUCGGGUGUCGAAUUCAGCUCCUCCAGCGGAGCCACACCGCAACCCGUAUACGCGCGAAAAGAAGUCAUCCUCUGCGGCGGGGCGGUCAACGACCCUCAGAUCCUGCAGCUGAGCGGUAUCGCCGACGCCGCCCUCCUCCGCAGUCUGGGCAUCCAACAGGUCGUCGACCUUCCCGGCGUCGGAUAUCAUCUGCAAGAUCACCUGUCCACCGGCGUCGUCUUCUCCCCCUCUUCGUCGGCCACUAUGCCCCCUACCACUGUCACCGGCAACCGCGCGACAGACUCGUACGUCAACAGCGCCAUCGCCUACGUCUCAGGGUCGACCAUUUUCGGCGACACCACCUGGUCCUCGCUCAUCUCACAGAUGCGCACGGAUCGCGACGCCAACGUCGCCGCGUACGACGCACCUGCCGCGGUGAAAGCGGGAUACAAUGCGACGUACACUGCGCAGGUGGAUCGAUUCUUCCCAUCGCAGAUCGGACCGAUUGAGCUUUUGUUCGCGCUGUCGUUUGGGGGAGUGCAAGUUCAAGCGGCACUGCAACACCCUUUGUCGAGGGGAAGCAUCAAAGUGACGUCGACGAAUGCGUUUACUCCGCCUGCGAUCGACCCUGCCUACCUAUCGAAUCCGGUGGACAUGACGAUUUUGAGGGAAGGGUUCAAGCUCGCCCGUCGUGUCGGGUCUACUGCACCCCUGUCCACUUUCACCUCAUCCGAAGUUGCCCCAGGCAGCGGUGUGAGCAGCGACGCCCAGUGGGAAGAAUGGAUCCGCGGCGCGGUGGGGACGGAAUUCCACCCGAGCAGCACGUGCUCCAUGCUCCCGCGCGAGCAGGGCGGCGUGGUGGACAGCAAGCUGCGAGUGUACGGCACCCAGAACGUCAGGGUCGUCGACGCGAGCGUUCCACCGAUCAGCUUCAGUGCGCAUCUGAUGAGCAUCACGUAUGGACUGGCGGAGGUGGGGUCAGAGAUGAUUCUCGAGGAUUGGACGAGAGGCAUGGUGGAGCAGACCAAUACGACGGCUGCUAGUGCGGGCGGUGGUAGGGGUGGCAGUGGUGGAAGCGGCGGUGGAUCGACCGGAAGCGGAGCAGGACGGGGUGCCACCGGCGGUCUCGGCGGCGUAUCCGGCACCAAUGCUGCUGCGGCCAUGUCCGCGAGCACCAUGGUCGGCAUCGUGACAGCACUUGUCGCCGUGACAGCAUCGCUCUUGGCUUGA